UUGGAUAUAUACAACAGCGAUCAGGGAAUGGCGCCAGCUAAUAUGGGUCUCACAAAUGCUUCUUGCCCAGCUAACCUACCAGUAAAAAGGGAACUCACAGCAGAUACACGAGCAAUGGCAAAGGAGAGACAAAAAAAGGAUAACCACAAUCUCAUUGAGAGAAGAAGAAGGUAUAAUAUUAAUUACCGAAUCAAGGAGCUUGGCACACUCAUUCCCAAGUCUAAUGAUCCUGAUAUGCGCUGGAACAAAGGAACUAUUUUAAAAGCAUCAGUGGAGUACAUCAAGUGGCUACAAAAAGAACAACAGAGAGCCAGAGAAUUAGAACACAGGCAGAAGAAAUUAGAGCAUGCUAACAGAAGACUUCUACUCCGAAUUCAGGAAUUAGAGAUCCAGGCCCGUGCACAUGGCCUUCCAGUCAUGUCUUCACUCAGUGCUGUCGAUUUAGCUGCACAGGUCAUCAAGCAACAGUCUUAUCCAGAGGAAAGCUCUGUAGACUACUCUCAACAAAUGCCUUUGGCACAUGGACCAAAUUCUGAUGUUUGCGAUGGAUCUACAGCCUUUUCUGAUCCACUUUCACACUUUACGGAUUUGUCCUUCAGCGCAGCUUUGAAAGAAGAGCAACGGCUAGAGGAAAUUUUACUGGAUGACACGGUGUCACCAUUUGGAACAGACCCACUCUUGUCCUCUGCAUCCCCAGCCGCAUCGAAAGAGAGCAGCAGGAGAAGCAGCUUUAGCACAGACGAUGGAGAUGAUUUAUAAAAGCAGAAAGGGCCUCAUACUUCUCUAAACCACUUGCUAAAAUACUGAGUUGAACGUAAGCAUGGUGCUUGUGCUUACUAUAAACACGAAUAAGGAGAGCCACUGUGAAGAUAAGGUACUACAUGACAAGGGUUUAAGUCAGCCCUUACUUCACAGGAAAAUGAGAUGGACAUGAACUCGUAUCACCUUGCCCCAGAUUCACACCCUCUGUUCACAGCUGACAUUUGCACAGAUCUUUCUGCACUGGG